GAGAGAGAGAGAGGGGGGGAAAAGCAGGGAAAGAUGGCGAUCCUCCAUUGCUGAGACCUGGCAAGGAGCACAUGAGACUCACAAAACAACUUCCACAACAAUAACAAGAAGAGCUAGGCAGAGAGGAAGAGGAGAGGAGAGGAGGCAGCAGCAAGAGCAGCAGUGCCGGGACGCUCCUAUUUUUCUAAUGUAAAAGAUCACCCUGAACCAUGGAGGUCCUGCAGUGUGAUGGCUGCGAUUUUCGAGCUCCAUCCUACGAAGACCUGAAAGCUCACAUUCAGGAUGUUCACACUGCUUUCCUGCAGCCAACUGAUGUCUCUGAGGAGAGUCCUACCCAGCCAAGGUCUGGUUCCAUCAACGCCAGCAACCAGACCGAGGUUGAAUUUUCUUCUGUAAAGGAUGAAUUCGCAAUUGCAGAUGACAUAGCAGGGCAAAAUGCAACAAGUCAGAUGGGGACUGGAAGUUACUAUAGCCAGAGCCAGACUUUCUAUGGCCAGCAUAUGGCUCCAAACCCUAAACCAACCAGCAAGUUUUUCCAGUGCAAGUUCUGUGUGCGUUACUUCCGUUCCAAAAACCUCCUCAUAGAGCACACACGGAAGGUUCAUGGAGCACAGGCUGGGGGGAGCUCAGUGGGGCCACCAGCUUCUAGUUCCCUAAAUUACAACAUCAUGAUGCAUGAAGGGUUUGGUAAAGUUUUCAGUUGCCAGUUCUGCACCUACAAGUCACCCAGGCGUGCGAGGAUUAUUAAGCACCAGAAAAUGUAUCACAAAAACAACCUGAAAGAGAGUUCAGCUCCUGCUGCUGCUGCUGCUGCUGCUGCUGCUGCUGCUGCUGUGUCUGAAUCAACGUCUGCUUCUGUGCCAGUGCAGGAACCCUGCAAGGAGCUGCCGGCAGAGGUGGUGGAGCGGAGCAUUUUGGAGUCGAUGGUCAAGCCCCUGACCAAGUCUAGGGGCAACUUUUGCUGUGAGUGGUGCAGCUACCAGACACCUCGGAGGGAGCGCUGGUGUGACCACAUGAUGAAGAAGCACCGCAGCAUGGUGAAAAUCCUGUCGAGCCUGAGGCAGCAGCAGGAUGGAACCAGCGCACCUGAGGUGCAGAGUAAGAGUGCCCAGAGUGCCUCUCCAAACUCGAAUUACAUGUCCAUGAACACAACAGGACGUGAGAUGUCGAGUGCUAAUGUCUCAAACUUCAGGGGAUCUAUGGGCAAUUCACUUAUCAGGCCCAACUCUUCUACAUCUUCAAAGUUUUCUUCUGUGUCUUACCCUCAAAUGAAGCCUAAGUCACCUCACAACUCGGGCAUAGUUAAUUUGUCUGACAGAUCCCGCUAUGGAAUUGCUGAUAUGACGAAUUCUUCUGCUGACCUGGAAACAAGCAGUAUGCUAAAUGACUCCAGCUCAGAUGAAGAGCUAAAUGAAAUGGACAGCGAGAAUGGCUUAAACUCCAUGGAUCACCAGACCUCAGGAAUGUCUGCAGAGCAGCUGAUGGGAUCUGAUGGCAACAAACUAUUGGAAACAAAGGGAAUUCCCUUCAGGAGAUACAUGAACAGGUUCCAGUGUCCUUUCUGCCCUUUCCUGACGAUGCACCGCCGAAGUAUUUCCCGUCACAUUGAGAACAUCCACCUGUCUGGGAAGACGGCCGUGUACAAGUGUGACGAGUGCCCCUUCACCUGCAAGAGCUCUCUGAAGCUCGGUGCCCACAAGCAGUGCCACACAGGAACAACAUCCGACUGGGAUACCAUGAACUCCCAGGCCGAGAGCAUUGCCUCGUCCCUGAACGACAGCGCGGUGUCCUACGAGAGUGGGAAUAUCAACGGCAGGAAGUCAGCUGGGAUGAUGGAACCUGUGCAGCCGCAGCCGCCGCAGCCGCAACCGCAGCAGCAGCAGCAGCAGCAACAAUCCCCCCAGCCCCAUUCACAGCAUCCAUACAAGUGCACAUUGUGCAACUAUUCCACCACCACUUUGAAAGGCCUCAGAGUUCAUCAGCAGCACAAGCAUUCCUUCUGCGACAACUUGCCAAAAUACGAUGGGCCGCCAUCAAACGCACCGCAGGAGAGCGAGGCAGAUGCUCACCCCUCUGCCAGCACGGUGAAGAAGAGCCAGACCUCCAUCCUUGGGCUCUCGUCUAAAAAUAACUUUGUUGCAAAAGCCCCUAGGAAGGUCUCAAAUGACUUCCCUUUAGAUCUCUCUCCCGUGAAAAAGAGAACUAGAAUUGACGAAAUAGCAAGCAACCUGCAGAGCAAGAUCAGCCAAAACAAGCAGCAGGAGGAUGCUGUGAUUAAUGUAGAGGAUGACGAGGAAGAGGAGGAGGACAAUGAGGUGGAGAUAGAGGUGGAGUUAGACAGAGAGGAAGAGCAAACAGAGCCAAUGAUAGAGGUUUCCAGUUCUUAUGCACCCCAGCAAAUGUGGGGUAGAGAGGCUAAUGAUUCCCAGAAGGAGGCGAGCUUCAGGAGCAUGCAGCACGACUACAAUUCCACCAAUGGGGCGGAGAUUGAGCUCACUUUGUCUGAGGAUGAGGAGGACUACUACUCUGCUGUCAGCAUGAAGGACCAUCAGAGCCCUAAUGCCUCUGUUCUGGGCAGUCAGUCCAACAUGUACGGUACCGACCAGAACAACGAGAAUUCGGAGUUCAGUGACUCUGGCAGGCUUUACUAUUGUAAACACUGUGAUUUCAGCAACAAAUCUGCCAGGAGUGUUAGCACCCACUACCAGCGAAUGCAUCCCUACAUCAAAUUCAGCUUUAGGUACAUCCUGGAUCCCAAUGAUCACAGUGCAGUGUACAGGUGCCUCGAGUGCUACAUUGACUACACAAAUUUUGAGGACCUGCAGCAGCAUUAUGGGGAGCAUCAUCCUGAAGCUAUGAAUGUACUGAACUUUGAUCAUUCUGAUCUGAUCUACCGCUGCCGCUUCUGCUCUUACACAAGCCCAAAUGUUAGAAGCCUGAUGCCACAUUACCAAAGAAUGCAUCCCACAGUGAAAAUUAACAAUGCAAUGAUAUUUUCAAGCUAUGUUGUUGAGCAGCAAGAAGGGCUGAACACAGAGUCUCAGACACUCAGAGAGAUCUUGAAUUCUGCUCCAAAAACUAUGGCAACCUCCACCCCCGUGGCUCGUGGGACUGGUGUGCCAGCUGGAUUUAACAAAAGUGCCACCAAGAGUUUCAGUCCUGAAUGUGAAAAUCAGAAGGAACCUUCAGUCAACACUGUGGUUGUAUAUGACUGUGACGUGUGUUCAUUUGCAAGCCCUAACAUGCAUUCAGUUUUGGUGCACUACCAGAAAAAGCACCCCGAAGAAAAGGCCUCAUAUUUCAGAAUCCAGAAGACCAUGCGUGUAGUCUCUGUUGACAGGGGCUCUGCCCUCGCCCAAAUGUCGUUUGAGCUGGGGGCUCCCAUCUCCCCGAAACUCUCCAACUUAGCUUCUCAGCCUCCAGCACCCCCGCCGCCACCCCCAGACCUCUCUACUGAGCUCUACUACUGCAAACACUGUUCCUACAGCAACCGCUCCGUCGUGGGGGUGCUUGUCCACUACCAAAAGAGGCACCCGGAGAUCAAGGUCACGGCCAAGUACAUCAGGCAGGCCCCGCCGACCGCAGCCAUGAUGAGGGCAGGGGAGCUGCCUCCCGGCAUCCAGAGGCCACCGGUGUCCAUGCAGCAGCUGGGCCGCGGCGGGACCGAGAGCUCCAUGAGCCCUCCGGAGAACGAGAUGUUCUUCUGCCAGCACUGUGAUUACGGGAACCGGACUGUCAAGGGCGUGCUCAUCCACUACCAGAAGAAGCACCGCGACUUCAAAGCCAACGCGGAUGUGAUCAGGCAGCACACGGCCACCAUCAGGAGCCUUUGUGACCGCGGCCAGAAGAAAUCGGCCGGCAGCCUGCCCGCCCACGCCUCCGGCAGCGAGCGGGACAAGUCCAAGCUGAGAGCCCUCAAGUGCAGGCAGUGCAGCUACACCUCCCCUUACUUCUAUGCAUUGAGGAAGCAUAUUAAGAAAGACCACCCAACUCUGAAGGCCACGGUGACAUCCAUACUGAGGUGGGCUUUUCUGGAUGGCUUGAUAGAAGCUGGUUACCACUGUGAAUGGUGCAUUUAUUCACACACAGAGCCGAGCGGCUUGCUUGUGCAUUACCAAAGGAGGCAUCCCGAGCAUUAUGUUGAUUAUACCUACAUGGCAACCAAGCUCUGGGCAGGUCCCGAUCCUUCCCCUCCUGCCCUAGUGAUGCCAACAGAGAUGAAGACGUAUAAAUGCAGGGACUGCAUUUUUGAAGCAUCUUCUAUUUGGGAUAUUACCAAUCACUACCAAGCAUUUCACCCUUGGGCCAUGAAUGGGGAUGAAUCUGUGUUGUUAGAUAUCAUUAAGGAGAAAGAUACUGUUGAAAAAACCAUGCCACAGCCUGACGAAGGUGGGGUCAGGAUGGAAUCUGAAGACCAGAUAGCAACACCACAGAUGGAUCAGGAUGCAGAGUGUGCAGAGGAUCCCAGCCUUUCCCAUGAAAAAACUGUGCAGCUGGCUUCUGCAAAUCCUGCCAUCUCCUCCACUCCAUACCAGUGUACAGUGUGCCAAUCUGAGUACAACAACCUGCAUGGCCUCCUGACACAUUAUGGCAAAAAGCAUCCUGGCAUGAAAGUGAAGGCAGCAGACUUUGCUCAGGAUAUAGACAUUAACCCAGGGGCUGUGUACAAGUGCAGACACUGCCCCUACAUUAACACACGCAUUCAUGGCGUCCUCACACACUACCAGAAGCGGCACCCAUCGGUGAAAGUCACUGCUGAAGACUUUGUGCAUGACGUGGAGCAGUCGACUGACAUAGCUCAGAACGACGUGGAAGAGACAAGCAGGAUUUUCAAGCAAGGCUAUGGUGCUUACCGCUGCAAGCUCUGCCCCUACACCCAUGGAACCCUUGAGAAGCUGAAAAUCCACUAUGAGAAGUACCACAAUCAACCCGAGUUUGAUGUUUUUGCCCAGUCACCACCCAAGGUGUCUGCCUCAGUGGAGCCAGACAUGGUGACUGAAAUCAAGGCCUCCCCAGAAAUUGCUGCUGAGGAUGUUGGAGAGGUGUCCAUGCCGGCGCCUCAUUUCUCUAGUUCUCACUUAGUGUCUCACACAGUUUUCCGGUGUCAGCUCUGUAAAUAUUUCUGCUCCACCAGGAAGGGGAUAGCAAGACACUACCGCAUCAAACACAACAACGUCCGGGCGCAGCCAGAGGGCAAGAACAACCUCUUCAAGUGUGCUCUGUGCUCCUACACCAACCCCAUCCGCAAAGGGCUCGCGGCACACUACCAGAAAAGACAUGACAUUGAUGCUUACUACACUCACUGCCUGGCAGCCUCCAGGACAGUAAGCGACAAACCCAAUAAAGUGAUCAUUCCAUCGCCUCCCAAGGAUGACACUCCUCAGCUCAGCGAGGAGCUGAGGAGGGCUGUGGAGAAGAAGAAGUGCUCGCUCUGCUCCUUCCAGUCCUUCAGCAAGAAGGGCAUCGUGUCCCACUACAUGAAGCGCCACCCUGGUGUUUUCCCUAAGAAGCAGCACGCCAGCAAGCUGGGGGGAUACUUCACUGCCGUGUACGCUGACGAGCACGAGAAACCAGCUCCAGCCGAGGAGAGGAACGACUUUGAAAAGCCUGAGGUGGAGGCUGAGGCUCAGGAAAUCGAGUGGCUUCCCUUCAGGUGCAUUAAAUGUUUCAAGCUGUCCUUCAGCACGGCAGAGCUGCUGUGCAUGCAUUACACUGACCACCACAGCAAGGAUUUGAAGAGGGACUUUUCCAUACUUGGAAGUGGCACCCGCUCUCAGAGCCCUGUCUACCAGUGCAAGCACUGUGAUACAAAAUUGCAUAGCACGGCAGAGCUGACUGCACACUUGAAUGGUCACAAUGAGGAAUUCCAGAAGCGUGCCAAACGUCAGGAGAGGAGGAAGCAGCUUUUGAGCAAGCAGAAAUAUGCAGAUGGUGCUUUUGCAGAUUUCAAACAAGAGAGGGCCUUUGGACACUUGGAAGAUGUCUCAAAACUCAAGGAGAGGAAGGUGGUUGGCUACAAGUGCAAAUUUUGCGUGGAAGUCCAUCCAACACUUCGAGCCAUCUGUAAUCACCUCCGCAAGCAUGUCCAGUACGGGAAUGUCUCUUCUGUGUCGGCCACUGUGAAGCAGGAAGCUGAAGAUCCUUCAAACACAACUUUGAUGGAGGGUUUUGAGGGAGCCAAAGACCCUGGCAUUGUGGAAUUUACAGAAGCUGAAUAUGGAGCAUCCCUGGAAGAUGAAGCCAGGCCUGGGGGCUACCUCUGCAGCCAGUGUGACCGGGUUUUGAUGUCUAUGCAGGGUCUGCGAUCCCACGAGAGGAGUCAUUUGGCUCUGGCCAUGUUUGCCCGGGAGGACAAGUACAGCUGCCAGUAUUGCUCCUUUGUCUCUGCUUUCAGGCACAACCUGGACCGCCACAUGCAGACCCACCACGGACACCACAAGCCAUUCCGCUGCAAGCUCUGCCCCUUCAAGUCCUCCUACAACAGCCGCCUGAAAACCCAUAUCCUCAAGGCUCACGCUGGUGAACAUGCCUACAAAUGUUCCUCCUGCUCAUUUUCCACCAUGACAAUCAGCCAGCUGAAAGAGCACUCCUUGAAAGUGCAUGGGAAAGCACUGACACUACCAAGACCCCGCAUUGUCAACCUUGCAGCCUCACACGCCCACCACACCUCCAAGAACCACACUCCUGCUGAAGAAGUGGAGGACUCUAAUGACUCUUCAUACUCGGAGCCUCCUGAUGUUCAGCAGCAGUUGAACCACUACCAGUCUGCAGCUUUGGCCAGGAACAACAACAACAUCAGCCCAAUCCCACUUUCUGGGAGUGCUGCAGGAGUGGAAAAAGCGGAAGCCAUCCUUAACUGUGAAUUUUGCGAAUUCUCCUCGGGUUACAUACAGAGCAUCCGGCGCCACUACCGCGACAAGCACGGAGGAAAGAAGCUCUUCAAGUGCAAAGAUUGUUCCUUUUACACAGGCUUUAAAUCUGCUUUUACUAUGCACGUGGAGGCCGGGCAUUCGGCAGUCCCCGAGGAAGGACCCAAAGACCUUCGCUGCCCUCUCUGUCUCUACCACACCAAAUACAAACGCAACAUGAUCGACCACAUAGUUCUGCACAGAGAGGAGAGGGUCGUUCCCAUUGAAGUCUGCCGUUCCAAGCUGUCCAAGUACCUGCAGGGAGUCGUUUUCCGCUGUGACAAGUGUACCUUCACCUGCUCCAGUGACGAGAGCUUGCAGCAGCACAUAGAGAAGCACAAUGAACUGAAACCUUACAAAUGCCAACUCUGCUACUAUGAGACCAAACACACAGAGGAGCUGGAUGCUCACCUUCGAGAUGAGCACAAGGUGAGUCGUAAUUUUGAGCUGGUUGGACGGGUUAACUUGGACCAGUUGGAGCAAAUGAAAGGGAAAACAGAGAGCUCUAGCAGUGAUGAAGAAGAAAAAGAAGAAGAGUUAAGCCCCAAGGCUCAAGAGAGAGAUCCCAUGAUGUUUCCUGACAGCAGUGCUCCAGAGAAACGCUUUCCGUGCGAGUUCUGUGGCCGAUCCUUCACCGAGGGCUCCGAGUGGGAGCGGCACGUGCUGAGGCAUGGCAUGGCGCUGAACGAGAGCAAGCACAGGAGCGGCGAGGACAGCCAGCCCAAGGAGGACGUGGAGGACACGGCCAGCACGCUGCCGGAAGAGAAGGAAGGCAUCGAGACCAUGGUGGUGGACUACUCCCAUGGUGGGGAAACAGCUGUCAGCAUGGUGGCUGCUGACCAACCUCUCCUAGACACCCCGGAGGCCAAAAACGAAUAAGAAUAAGAUUUUGGUGUGGUUCUGAUCGACAGUACUUGAACAGUGAUGAGCGGGGCAGGGCGGGGCGAGGCGGGCAGAAGGAAGAAAUAAAGCUGCUUUUAGGACUGAAUGAUCUAUUUUCAAAGCACUGGUACCUGUGUGAGUGUGUGUAUAUUAAAAGUUAUUUAAGUGAUGGGAUAAGUGGCUCCAUUACGUCACUGCAUCUUUUGUUUUCCUCCUGGAUCUGACGGUGGGAAGUUACGCUCAUCCUUGGACUAAUGAAGCAACUCCCCAUGUUUUUCCUACAUUACACAUCGUGCUUUGCAGUGGAGACUUCGAUUGUUUUAUGAGUGGAAGCGUCGUGAGCGUGGAAGAAGUGGUAGGGGGACAACUUUUGGACGCACAAGUUUGUGUGCGUUUUUCUAGUUUUAAUACGUAAAACGCUUUUCCAGACUGAAAGCAACUGCUUUA